UAAGCGUGGAGUAUUCUAUAACGGUAGCGAGGGUGGUUGCUGCGAUAGGGCAGCAAAUCUUGUGCGCUUAAGAUACCAGGAACAACAGCCGUUAGCAAUUGUGCCGCUCGAAGCUGCUCGGACAGCAGGGUAAACAUGAUUCAAUGUCAAUAUAGAGACCGCGCGGUCACACGAAGCACAUAAUUAGCUUGCCUUGCGCCGGGUGUGGUGGCCGUUGUGGAUAGACGGAGGCAAACAGAACCAGCUACAAAAAAGGUUUGAAAAAAAAAAACGGACAAACAAAACGCCGUUCUAGCCGUGUCGGUAACGGGGAUAUCUGGUGGGUUGGGUUGUUUUGGUGGAUCGAUAAGCCGACGCGAAACGGCUAUUCCCGGUUCCCUGGUAGCGUUACUCUUAGCUGGAGUGUCGGGCCUGUCAGUUCUUUCCUGUAACCCGUAAGAAACAGCGUCGGUAACGAGUUCUGUAAAGAUAAUUGAUAUAUCUCGUAGUGCGAAAUUUUGGCGCGUGUGAUCCAUCGCCGGGAGCUCUGUCUGUUUUGAAUCGGAUUGAAACGUAAAUUGAAUGUAAUAACUGUUUGGAAAGAUUAUUUGUUGUAAUUCUAAGCUUGUGCUAGUUUCACUCGGCAACGUCAUCAGUCUUCGGGGUGUCAACUUGCCCCGCGUUCCCCUACAAACCGAUUCUUGGUAUUCUUGGGAUGUGAAGGACAAGCCCGGGAAAAGGUGUUUGCCACCCCUGCGAUUCGAUCGAAGCAAGUGGCUGCGCAGAGCGAUCUGUCAAAUUGGAUCGGGCAGGUUGUUGUUAUUGUCGUUUUGUGGCUGCUUUAGGUAAAUACACAAACUGCACCGUCGUUUAAUUGCUAAAAGCCCCAAUCGGUUGGGUUUUGGCUGCCAAUUUGUGCCACAAAACCGUUGCAAGCCACAGUGGUGCAGUACAACAAUCAAACGCAGCAAUCAAACAGUGUGCUUCGAUCAAACCACCACAUCCCGCAGCAGAGCAUCACGAUUACUGUGAAAUGCACGACACCGUUGGUCGCCUGCCCAUCUUUCUGCUGCUGCUGUUACAUCCGGGAAUGAAGAUGCACCACUGAGAGACGUACUCGUCCAGCUAACGUACCGGCGCAAACGAACGCUCUUUUUUUUAAAUUCUGUUUGGUUUUGCUGUUGUCUAAAUUAAGCAGCGAAAUAUCGAGAGAAGAAAGCUUAAUCAGCGAAUCAGCAUUACCCGCCGCGUUGCGAUGGGAUUCGCACGAAGGGAUGCCGUCAUCGCAAUGCUGCUUAUAAUGGGAGUAACCGUGCCGGAGCUGCCCCUGCCGGCGGCGAUGGCUCGCAUCGUGGACGACACGGUGGCCGGCAGCAACGUUCUGUUCACCGACGCACCGCAACUGCUGUCGCAGGCGCUCGAUCAUACUACGCCGAUGCAUAUGGUCGCUGUCGGAGAGCCACCGCUACCGGUAGAUGCUGUGGGAGGAGAAGGAGCAGAUGGUGGUGGCGGUUUCAAUCCAGCUAGCGAUCAUCAACCGGGCAGUGUCGAUGGUGGUAGCGCCGGCAGAUCGACCGAAUCAUUUGCCGCAACCGUACCGAUGGUAUCGAGCAGCUCGCCAGCAUCGGCACCGAACGGUCACGCAGGCUCGAGCACACAGACACCCCCGCUCUCAACGACGGCCACACCACCACCGAUACCGUCCGCGGUAACGACGACCACCGGCGCACCGGUCGCUAGCUCUUCGAGCACGCUGGCAUCGACCACGACGACGGCGACGGCGACGAUCGCUGCCGGUGCGCCAAACGUUGGGCCAGCGCCCGCCACCGCCACGGCCACGAGCAACGGGCGCUCGGCGGUGUCGGCCCCGCCCCAGAUCGAAUGCUACCACGCCCAGCCGGAGCUGUGCGCCGAGCGCAAGGGUGACUGCGAGUGCAGCGUCGAUCCGGUCGUGCCGGCCGCCCUGUACUGCUGCAACGUCACCGACAUCAAUAAGGCGAUCGGGUGCGUGACGAACGCGCCGGAAACGGCCAGCUGGAAGUAUCUGCACAUCCGCAACGUGACCGUGCGCGAGAUGGCGCUGAACGUGUCGAACCGGUACAUCAAGACGCUGCUGUCGCUCGCGAUCACCGACGGCACGAUCCAGCGCAUCAGCACGUCGUUCGCCCGGUUCUCGUCCCCGGUCUGCCUGAACGUGUCGAACAACAACAUCAGCGAGAUCGAGCCGCGCGCCUUCCGCGAGCUGCGCAACCUCACGAUGCUCGACCUGUCGUACAACAAUCUCUCCACCAUACCGUCCACGAACGGGAAGUUCCGGCUCGACAUACGCGGAAACGUUGGCAUGCUGUGCAAGUCGCUGCUCGAAUCGCUCAAGAGCGGCGUCAAGUUUAAGGAUCCCGAGUCGACGUUCUGCCUGACGAACCGCACCUUCAACUGGUUCAACUCGACCGACAGCCUGCCGCUGCACCAGCUGGAGACGAUCCAGCGCGUGCAGGACGAGUGCCCGGAGAACUGCACCUGCGAGCUCGACCGGCUCAACUUCGACCUGAACAACACGGAGCGCAAAACGAUUACGACGCGCGUGGCCUGCACCGGGCUCGGGCUGACCAAGUUCCCCGAUCGGUUGCCGGCCGGCACGGUGACGCUGAACAUCUCCAACAACAAUAUCACCAGCCUGGAGGCGCUCAACACACCGCCGUACCAGUCGCUGCUGCGGCUGCACGCCGACGACAACCAGAUCAGCUCGCUGAGCGACCUGGAAGGGAUGGACUUCAUCUCGCGCUUCACGCUGUUCUCGAUCCGGCGCAACAAGCUGAAAACCGUCCAGUCGUACAUCUUCACCAAAUCGCUCGACCUCGGCUCGUACAUCUUUCUCGAGGGCAACCCGAUGACGUGCGACUGCAACGCGGCGAAGGGGUUCAAGAACUGGCUGCUCAGCCGGAAGGCGCAGGUGCCCGACCACGAGAACAUCUUCUGCGAGGGCAACACCAACCUGCAGCAGCUGGUCACGAUCCAGGAGAGCAAGCUGUGCCAGUCCCAGCACGACUGGACCGACUACAUCUACUACCUGAUCGCGACCGAGAUACUGCUGCUGGUGGCGCUCGUCUGCAAGGUGUCGUACGACUACUGGGUGUUCAAGACGGCCGGCUAUCUGCCGUGGCCGGCGAACAAAAUGCCCAAGCUGCCGUGCGACUGCCUGUGCGAAUGAGCGGCGCGAUCGCUCGUAUGCAAAUGUGUGUGUGUGUGUGUAUGUGUGUGAGUGUGUAUGUGUGUGCCGUAAUUAUGAUGAAUGUUUCCAAUUUGUCUACCCUUUUUUAAACAAACAACAACAGCAACAACAACAACAAAAAACUCUCUUUUAAUCGUUUCUCUCGUCAGCUGUGAUAAUCCAUACAAGAAGGCCUUCUGUCCAAUGUCCAGUCCAGUCUACAAAUGUGUUUGUAACGCGAUCGGCUUGGAAAUGUAUCGUAUCCGUCUUUAUCAUAAAUAAAGUAAGUUAUUGUAAGUGAU